CCGGGAAGUGUGACGUCAUUCAUGUUCUAAACCUACCGCGAGGGAACAUUUUUGUUAGAGGAAAUAUAGUACAGCAGAACAAGUGCUAUAAUUUUCCCUUUUUACGCAUCAGACUGUCAGUCCGUGGAUAUAGAAAUUGAAAGGCUCUUUCUCCUCCGCUAUAUUAGGAGCUACUUUAGCUUUAUAGCCACGUGCUAUCCGCGGUUUGCAGGCUAAGGGUAAGUUUGGAGACAAUUGCUCCGGAGUAUGUCAGUUGGUGAUUGGAGUAAUGAUGGGACAACCAGCGACUCAGACGAACCUAAGCUCCCUCUCAACCAGUUCUAUCCAUACAUCCGCUGUGCACUUUGCUGCGGCUUCUUCAUUGAUGCCACCACUAUCACAGAAUGCCUUCACACAUUUUGCAAAAGCUGUAUUGUGAGGCAUUUCCUCUACAGCAACAGAUGUCCAACAUGCAGCAUCUUGGUGCACGAGACACAGCCUCUUUACAACAUCAGGCCAGACCGACAGCUUCAAGACAUAGUUUAUAAAAUGGUUCCCUUCCUGGAAGAACUUGAAAGAGAAAGGAUGUGUAAGUUCUACAAAGAAAGAGGACUUGUUGCGCCAAAACCAGUGCCUGUUUCACCUCAAAGUCCAGUUGUGCUAAAGAGGCAAAGAAAAGAAAACUUUCCCAAAGCUGUGUUCACCAUUCCCCGGGAGCUGAAUAUGUCUAUCCUCUUGGAGUUUGUUGGGGCUGAAAAUGGAAUCAGUGAUUUUAAGCCGUUGGAAAGGCCGUACAUCUGCGUGUCGGGAGAGGCCACCAUUCGCCAUGUGGAGCUUUUCAUCCGGAGGAAGAUGGAGCUCAGCCCCAUGUGCCAGGUAGAUCUGGUCUGUGGCGAUCACCUCCUAGAUCAACAGCAGUCACUAAAAGAGAUAAAGGAGUUUGUGGGUAACGAAGCAUUUCAGGAUGGUCUGUUGGUGCUUCACUUCGGCUUAGUGCUACCCCAGCAGUCUUGAGCAGGAAGAUUCUUACUGGUUAGCUGCACUACUCAAAAGUGAGGCACAAAAAAUUGCCUAAGAAAUCAGUCAACCUUAGAGCUUCAGAGGGUGUGAUUUAGGUUUCAAAUCGGCUGUUUUGUACUAAAUCAAGAAUGUUAGAAUGUGCUACAAUCCACAGUAUUAUGCUGCCACCACCGUGUUUGACAGACUGUAACAUGGUUGCUUCACAUUCCCUUUAGAGGCCUUACCUCAUUUUCUCAAAAUACAAUUUUUGCUUUAUGCUCAAGUUGCUUUAUCGCUGUCUCAUCACACCAUAGAACUUUAGAAAAGUUUGUUCAGCUGUUGCAGAUCAGAGUUGAGCUUGAAUGACCCUUUAAGAGUGGUUCCCUCUGUAUUAAUAGUUGAAGUUUGGAAUUAGCGUUUCAACAGAAAGAUCCCAAAAGACAUAAAGCAAGCUCAAGGGAAACACAUUGCUAAAGGAAAUACAACCACUACUACUAAAUCUGUAUGUUUAUUUAUGAGUCUGUAUGUAUGAUUUUGACUGAAUGAGAGGGAAUAACUAAAAAAUUUUCUUCUUUUUUUCACAAAUCUAGCUGCUGUGUAUGAGUGGAAGUAAACAUCUGUGUUGUUCAGGAAAGCCUCUGUCUACUUAAAAUGUGAAUAAAACACUAUAGAGACUUGAUUGUUGUUUUUUUUUUUAAAGCUACAGUGUGUAAUUUUUAGCGACA